AGUACGGCAGUGUAGACGCGUGAGUUGUGAAGUUGAUACCUGGUAAACUGUAAAAUGAAUAACUGCGUCAAUAACAUUUUGUGUGUCUUUUUGGCAACUUUUUUGGUGGUUAGGAUCAGCGCAGUUAUCACUCAUCCUAACAAUAAUCAAGUCAUAGAUUCGCGCAUUGUUGGCGGCAAAGUGGUUAAUAUCAUACAGUAUCCUCAUCAGAUCAGUUUACGUACUAGAGAUAUCACUGAACCGCAGCAAUCAUACGCUCAUUCAUGCGGUGGCAGCAUAUAUUCGCAACGGAUUGUCAUAACGGCAUCACAUUGCAUUGAACGCAGUAAGAGGAACGAACUAAUGGUUGUUGUUGGCACAAAUCUACGUAGCGGUAUUGAUGGCGUAAUAGUUCCGGUACAAGAGAUACUUAUGCAUGAGGAAUACGGUCCAGAACGAACGACUAACGACAUUGCUUUGCUGGUACUUGCCGCUGAGUUGCCGAUCAAUAAUAUAACAAUCAAACCAAUUGAAUUGACUGAUAUGCAGCCGCAGCCUGGGGAGAUCGCUACAAUAACGGGUUGGGGUGUAAACGCUGAAGGAGAUAGUCCCGACUUUCUGCACGAAGUUCAGGUGCCAAUCAUAAGCCAUGAAAUCUGCAAGCAGAGCUACCCUAAUAGGAUCACUGAUGAUAUGUUGUGUGCGGGUUUAUUGGGUGUUGGCGGUAAGGAUGCCUGUAAAAAGGAUUCCGGUGGACCGCUGUUGAUUAAUGGUAAAUUAGCGGGUGUGGUCUCAUGGGGAAGCGGUUGUGGACUACCGAACUUUCCAGGCGUGUACGCAAAUGUUUGGUAUUUAUUACCAUGGCUGCGUGAGACUAUCGCCAAGGUGGAAGCAGCAAUUUUGAGGGGAGACUAUUAAAAACAGUUUUAUAUAAUAUGAAAAUGCUAAAAAAUUAUGUUGAUAUACAAAAUACGGAUAUUGUACCAUAGAGGUACAAAAGUACCGUUUCGAUUAUAUUUUAAAUGCUGAUGAACUGAUUAUGCGAAAUCUUGGUACACAUCAUUUGAUCACGUUAGUAUUCGAACGAUUAGAGUAAACACAAAGUAAUUAUAUAAUGGGCUAAGCACUUUAUCAGCGUGGCUAAUAAAUCAUAUACGUUUAAUUAACCUUUAAGAAGCAUAAUCGCAAAACCUUGCAAUAGACCAUAUCAACAAAACGUACACCGUCAUGUAUCGAUUAUAACCGAUAAGGCCUCCAUUAUAGUACAUUCUUUGGAAAUCCAACACCUUAUCAAUAUUUUACAUCAGACGUGUUUUGGUCUUAUUACAAGCGCAUAGAAAUUAGUCUUUGGCCAACCGACUGGCCAACAAGUCAACUCUCUUGUCUUAAGUUCACAUCUAACUUAAAAACAUUUCCGCAAUGAAAAUCUGCAUAAUUUCUGUCAGCAUAUUGGCUUUAGCCUUUAUGAAUACAACCUGGGCACGUACACUCGCCGAAGUGGA